UGCGAGGCGUUUCCAACACGAGCUGCGCGCUGAUCUCAGGCAUUAGUUGUGUUUGGGCACCACAGGUUUAAGCAUCACUCUCUUGGAGCUGCGUGCUUGAAACUGUGAGCGGAUCCCAAGCUGCGUCCGGAGAGGAAAACGUGCUGGAAUUAAAGCAGAAUCCGCUACGCAAAGACCGCCGUGUGUUUCCGAUGGACCGGUCGGUGCGCGCUGGCACAGGAGGGAAGUAAACACCUCCUUUAAAGGGCUAAGCAGUUUUGAAACAAUUUUGGGGGGAAAAACUGUAAGAAUGACAGCUGCCUUGGAUAUUAGUCGUGAAUGUAAACUUCAUUUUCAGAUACAGCCGUCAAAGUGAUCGCGUUCUCCUGAUUCCACUUUGCAGACCGCGCCAAUGCUGGAAUGGCUUGUGGCUUUCUGUGUUGUAAUCCUGGUGCUUUUCAUAUGGCCGGGCACCAAAUAUCUGUUUGGUCCCAACGCCUUCCCUCAGAGGCUGGGCGUUUCACAGCUGGCAGCCGGCAGCGACGGUGCCCGCUUGGUGUGCGCGGAGGGAGCUGACGGCACCGGGAAAAAAACACGCACUGUGUCGCUCAUCUGCAAGCCCUCGGCGCUGGCCAAGUACCUCCAGAAGCACUGCAGGACUUUCAGCUGCUACUCUCCGUGCGGCGGAUGGACGUGGAGAGCCAGCGCUUUUCUGCAGAGCGCGUACGAGGCGUGCUGGCCGUGCGACAGCUCGGUCCAAUUCGUGCGGGACAACCUACAGCUCAGCGACGACGGGCUGGUAUCGCUGGACUGGGCUGUGCCGUCCCACCACAGGAGACGUAGGACUUCCAGUCACUCCACCAGCCCAGUUUUGCUCAUCAUCCCCAACUCCUUCGGAAAGAUCACAAGGAAUGUGGUGAAGUUGUGUGAAUCGGCUCUAUCCCACGGCUACCUCCCUGCAGUCUUCAACCGCCGCAGCCACAAUAGCACUCCACUGACCACCCUCAAACUGCAGCAGUUUGGCGACCCUUCGGAUCUGCGAGAGGCUGUGCGCUACAUUCGCUACCGACAGCCCGCCGGAAGACUGUACGCAGUGAGCGAGAGCUCGGGGUCGGGCCUCCUCCUGUCCUACCUGGGGGAGUGUGGAUCCUCCAGUUAUGUGACGGCAGUGGUCUGCCUGUCACCUGUGUUUCGCUGCCAGAGCUGGUUUGAGAGUGGGCUAUGUUGGCCCCUGCAGUGGGUGCUGGCACUGUAUCAGAAGAUAUGUCUCAGCAGGUACAGGACGGCGCUGGGGGACAUCAUGCACACAGACACUCUUUUUUCUAGCUGUUCCCUGCGUGGGGUGGAGGAAGCCCUCUUCUGUCAGUCUGGCUACGUUGGCUCCACAUCUGGGACCAGCAGUGGUUGCAGCGCUUCAGGAGCCUGGGAUGCUUACUGGGAACGCAACGAACCCUUAAGAGACGUGGAUGAAGUGGCUAUUCCUGUUCUGAGUGUGUGCGCUAAAGACGACCCUGUGCGAGGAGACGCCCAGUCCUCCCUGCCCCUGGAGCUCUUUGAGACAAACCCACACUUUUUCCUCCUUCUAACAGACCGUGGAGGUCACUGUGGCUUCUCCACCCAGUCGAAUAGAAGUGCCGGAAGCGCAGCAGGCUCUGUGGUCGCAACAAGUACAGUGGACAACCAUGGCCCCAACUGGAGUCACAAAGUCAUGCUGGAAUUCUUCCGAGCGACCACGGACUUCUUCAAUGCAGAGGAGCGAGCGAAGCAGUUCGCUGCGAGGAGGAGAGGGCUGGGAGGAGCUGCAGGGGGGUGGGCCUUUCGUUACCGCAGCGUCAGUACUUGUAAACGAGUGCCAGCAUGUUCCCAUAAUAUUCAUGCAAUUUAUAACUGGCAGAGAUCGUAUACUCGAUGAGGUAGAGGGAAUUUUUUGAGUUUCAUUCUAUGUGUUUGUGCUCAGACUUGUAUAACUGUUGAUGAAAGCUGCAAAAUGUCUCCAAGACUGAGUUAAAUUUUUCUCUAAAUCAGCAUUUCUUUAUGUUUUUUUAUUAAAAAAAAUCAAGUCCCCUAUUGCUUGAGUCAUCGCAAUGGCUUGUAAAUAAUUUGAAAAGUAUCGCAUCAUCAUUAUUUUAUAGUUUUUGGUCAGUGCAUAUUAUGCACAAAACCUUAAACAAUUCAGAGGAAGUCAAAAGCUCCUCAGGAUGUCAGGUACAUGCACUCAGACCUGAACGAUGCUUAUCUGGGAAGGGUGGGGAAAUCAGAACCAGAGUUCAAAACAGAGUUCUCAUAAUUGGAUGAUUUAGUCAUAUUCAACAGCUGAAAUUCUUAAACUUUUGCAUUUUUUGUAUGUAUUAUUAAAAAUUCCUAUUUAAUGUCAUAUUAAUAUUUUUCACUAAAGUGAUUAUUCAUAUUCAUAUGUUCAUGUAGCAUGGAUUAUUUUUGUUAGGUUUUCCUGUUUUGAGUGCAGGUGUUGCAAUUUUUUAUUUUAUGUAAAAUACAUUCAUUGAGUCAUGCCUGGGAAAGAAAGAAAACUAAGUAGAAUUUCAAAAGAAUUAAUAAUGAAUCCUAUUUCUAAUACUAUAUACAUGGAAGAUAUAUUAUUUGUGUCAUGUUCAGGGAAAUGUCAUGUCAACAGAGAAACUGUUUCUAUUUAUUUCCAUUCUCAUCACUUAAUCAUCCGUUAUUCAAAUUCUUCAAAGCCAGCUAAUAUAAAUAUUGUUUUUUAUCCUUAAACUUUAUUUGUGUAAUUUCUUGUGCACCAACUACAUACAUUCUGAAAGACAACAGACAUGGUGCUGAGAAAAUU